ACUGAGCAGCGACUCAGUCUAAAACAUUCAUUUUGGUAGUGAAUGUCCGCACAUUGCUCAAUUGAAAUUUGUUAUAUACUAUGGUCAAAUUCCUGAACAAGUAUGCGAUUGGCUUUAGUGUUAAGCAUUUCCUUUAUUGGUAGGGACAACUCUAUAAAGGUCUCGGAAGCAUUAAAGGUAACUGGGGAGGUAGGCUAGCUACUAAUAGGAUUUCAGUAGUUCACCUAAUACGGAACGCAAAAGAGAAAAUGACCGACAUGCUGUUUGCUAGCCUCUUAAAGUGUUUGGAGUUGGGUGGAUGAGAUGCGGAUGAUAAAGAUCAGACGUCUUUCUCCCUCACAAGUGAACAAGAGGAAAGUUUUUUUUGUUUUUUUUCCAGGAAAAAAACAAGAAUUUAAACAGAAAAUUAUAGCGCUAGGUAGUCUAGCACUAAUGAACGAGGCUAAUAGUGAAGCUAACCUCCCCAAGCCCAAAUGGGGGUGCAUUUACUCAUGUUAGACUUACUUACGAACGUGUUGCUGGAGGACAUUCGCUGGACCCUAUUGAUUGUUUUGCUUUUGGGGGUUACCGUCCGCCAUGUUAAGGUAAAGCCCAGGUGCGCGGUGUUGACCAUGCUAAAGCGCCUGGACAAGAUCCGGUUCCGAGGCCCCAGAACUAGAGAAGACUUCCCGGAUCUGGCCGAGUCACCAAAUGGCUCUGACAAUGAAUGUAGCGACGAUGUACAGCUAAAGCCCAGGUCCUCUCUGAGGGAUGCCGAGGACAUGGCACGAGACCCUGCAGGUUCGGGGUCUCCAACCAUGGCUGCGGCCAUGCAGGACUUCCAGAGGUCAGAGUCUGAGCGUCUCAACGAAGUCAAAGGUCACCUGGAAAUUGCCUUACUGGAGAAACAUUUCCUACAGGAGGAGCUGAGGAAACUGCGGGAGGAGACCAAUGUGGACUCUUUACGACAAGAGCUGGACAGAGAGAGAAGCAAGCGGUUAGACCUGGAGCAGAAGAUGAGCGAGGUGCUCAAGUCCAGGCUGGAAGACUCUCCUCCACAACCGCCCCGAAAACAGUCGCCUUCCAACAAUGGAACAGCGGAGAAACAGCAGAAGGAAGUCUGGAGCUCGCGGCUACAGAAGUGGCUGUACGAACGAUUCGGCGUGUACAUUGAAGACUUCCGCUUCCAGCCUGAGGAAAGCACGGUGGAGGCUGAGGAACCGCUAAGUGCUAAACGGUUGACAGAAAAUAUGAGGCGACUCAAGCGAGGAGCCCGGCCUGUCACCAACUUCUUAAGGAACUUGUCCGCCUUAUCCAACUGGCACUCCGUCUACACCUCAGCUAUUGCCUUCAUUAUCUACAUGAAUGCUGCUUGGCAUGGCUGGGCCAUUCCCAUGCUCCUCUUUCUGGCCAUCCUGCGCUUGUCCUUAAAUUACCUCAUUGCCAGAGGUUGGAGGAUCCAGUGGAGUAUCGUGCCUGAGGUGUCGGAGCCCAUGGAGCCUGCGAAAGAAGAUCUGACCGUGUCGGAAAAGUUUCAGCUCGUCCUCGACGUGGCGCAGAAAGCUCAGAAUCUCUUUGGCAAGAUGGCUGAUGUUUUGGAGAAGAUCAAGAACCUGUUCAUGUGGGUGCAGCCGGAAAGCACUCGCAAACUCUACAUUUGUCUGUGGGUGGCGUUCAUCAGCUCCUGCCUGCUGCCCUACAAGCUGAUGGGCUUCAUUAUCGGUCUGUACGCCGGCAUCAAGUUCUUCAUCAUAGACUUCCUGUUCAAGAGCUGCCCCAAGCUGCGUGACAAGUAUGACACCCCCUACAUCGUGUGGAACAGUCUUCCCACAGACCCUCAGCUCAAAGAGCGGACCAACGCCACCAUGUCCCGGAGGCUCUCUGUCACAGAGAAGGUCCAACCAGUGGCGUCUCGCAGCAGCCUGGCCGCGGUGCCGUGUGGAGUGAACCGAGAGGAGGAGGCUGGUCGCUCCCACAGCACCAAGAAGGGAGCCUUUCACGAGAUCUUCAAUCUGCCGGAGUCGGAGCGCCCUCUAGCGGUGUGUGAGAACGGCUGGAGGUGCUGCCUCAUCAACAGGGACAGGAAGAUGCCCACCGACUACAUCAGGAACGGGGUCCUCUACGUCACCGAGAAUUACUUGUGCUUCGAGAGCUCCAGCUCCAGAUCUGGCUCGUCCAAGAAGAAUAAAGUUAUCAAACUGGUCGACAUCACAGACAUUCAAAAGUACAAGGUGCUCUCGGUCCUACCAGGAAGUGGAAUGGGCAUCUCCAUCGCAACACCUUCAACCCAAAAGCCGCUGGUUUUCGGCGCCAUGAUUCACAGAGACGAAGCGUUCGAGGCCAUUUUCACGCAGUACGUGAAGAUGACGACCAGCACCAAACCUCCGCCCACGCCAGAGAUCUAGAUCCGGCUGCUCAACUGGAAGAUGAACUUGGUUCUCUUCUCCUCCACUGCGGAUGCGCUCCAUCCCUCGCUUCACGUGGAGGAUCCGAGGCUGUCCCAGCAAAUACUGUCGAGGAGGCUGGAUCUCCUCUUGCUCUACUAGGUCGCUCUCUGUUUGCACCCGUGUGUGGCAGGACGUCAUUGUCUUCAGUCGUGUGUGUUUUCUUAGCAUUUCACUGGGAGAGGUUCGACUAUCACAACCAAGAAGUUGCUAGGGACGUUGCUAAAGUAAGCAGCCUGGAAUCACCGCACCCCACAAAUAACUGCUUUUGGACUGGGUUAGUUUAUCCUGCCUGUUCAGCAGGUGACACUCGUGAUGUUCUGAUGCGCGUCAGCUGCAGCACACGCUUUCUUUAGUUUACAUGUGUCUUAACUGCCUUUUCUUUUGGCCUUCAUGAGGACUAGCAGUUUUAUGUUCGCGAGACAAGAGCACAAGACAACGACUGCCAUCCACAGCUAAAGGCACAAGCUCCGCUUUCUUCAAGUUUAUGAGCGUCUUAACAAACGUUCACACAGCGAGCCUCUAGCAGAAAAUCACAACUGCCUCCGACAUUUAUCAUUACAGUAAGUCAACAGUCUCAAUGGCGCCACCUAGCGUCGCCUACUAUAUUACAAUUGAGAGUGAAUUUAAUUUCUCAGAACAACCGAUGUAUAAUCCUGACUAAAUACAAAGCCCUGAUUCUACUUUCAUCCUUCCUGACUCACACGUUUGCGUCAGGCUUUUUUUCUAUCAUGGCUUCCUAUAUCUGCGAACAUGAUUGAACAUCUUUUUUUAUUUUGUAUCCCUCAUGAUUUUUGUUUAACUGCGGACAAGGUUCUUCAUUUGUGAUGACACAAAAAAUAGACAAGAAAUCGAGCAGAGUGGCAGCCAAGUUGCACUGUUCGGCAGUUGCCUGGAUUUUAUUUUGAGGUUUCAGUCUGUUCAGGCUCGCUGUGUGAAUGAGCAGAAAAAUGAGUGGCACAUAGUUGGACUAAUUCCAAUGUAUUAUUUCAUGUCUUCAUGCAGUUUCAACAAACUUUGUGAAUUGGUUUUAUUGUUUUUUUGUCAGUAGUCAUUGCCUCUUCUGUCUUUUACGCUGUUGACUUGUGUCGCUAUGAGGUCAAAACUGGAUAGGAAACUUCAACGUCACUUUAUUUUGAAGGGCAGGUAGUCGAGAGAGGAAGCUGGUCUUCGCUCACUCUGCUCUAACUGUGGUGUAGAAUAUGAUGCCAAACCACGUUGAGACACUUUUGCGUGUUUUUGUGAAGAGUUACGAGAUGCAGCAGCUUUAGCUUCCUGUGAACGUGACGGUAGUGGGAGCUCGCAGAUCGCGUCUACGCAAAACGUCACGGUGUUUUCUUAACUGGAUAUGAAGUCACGACUAAAAUGACUGACCAGUUUGAAUUCCUCCAUUUUUGAAGCAACAGUUCUUUUUUUCCUCCAGUGGUUAUGAUUUUGGCAUCAAUCAAAACUCAAAGUUCACUUCUGAAUACUGAAAAUGCAACAACAAAGGAAGAGGUUUUUAUUGCUCCUUUGCAAUGUGUCAGCAGUGAAGCCAACUGGCAACUUCAGUAUAUUUGCCCUGGUGUAAACCACUUCUAACCUGAGUUUGUUUAACGUUGACUUUAUCAACUAAACAAUUUGGCAUUUAAUUGAAAUAUAUAAUGUUCCUCCUGAGAGAAUGUUGCUUUAAUGAUGCGAUGUGGAUUUUUUUUUUUUUUUCGGCUGGCUGUGUCCCCGAUUUCUAUUUUUGUUUUGUGAUGAAUGCGCUCCAUGAGCGGGGAGGCAGGCCGCCACCGCUAAAUGACGCAGUUCUCCAACCACUUGGUUCUGUUGUGAAGAAAAAAAAAAAAAGCUUUGACCCGAAAGCCUUUUUUGUAACGUGUGAAGUCUGAACGUCGUCUCUGUGGACUCGAGCACGAAACGCAGAAUGUAUAAAAGUAGAAGUUCUUUUGUUUGCCAAAUUCUGUUGGAUUUUCCGUCCGCCACAUUCUGCCUUUUUUUCUUUUUUUCCUUUUUUUUUUUUUUUGUCGUCCCAGUUUGAAUUCCUGUUUUGUUUUUGGAGUUGUGACGACUGGUGAUCUUAGGGAUAAUGUCUCCUAUCUUUCACUCAUCAGCUGCAUGCUGCUGUUCCCGCACCCAAAUUAUGAACUUGAUGCACAAUGUGGUUUAGCCUCAUGGACUGUUUGUACAGAGAAAAAUUAGCGCCACAAUCUGGACGAAAAAAAAAAAAAAAAAAAAAGGUCAUG